AUACAAAUCCUAACAUAGAUAUUCCAGAACUUUUUGUAAGAACCUUUUUCUACAUAUGUACUUAUUUUGCUUUUUCUAUGAUUGAUACAUCCAAAAAACAGAAAAACGAAUUGGAACGCAAAAUGAGUGUAGAAAAAAGUCGUCCUGAAAAUGUUAAGCCAAAGUCUUUGGUUAAGCCACAUAUUAGCUAUGAAAUGCAUGAAAUGCUUAGGCAACGAAGCAUCGUAGUAACCCAAUCCGCAAGACUGUCGCUGUCAAAGCUCAUUUUUUACACGAAAGUCUUCAAAUCUGUCUCGUAGCCGUAACCGUGUAGCGAAAAUUGGUUUCGAAAUUAUAAGUUCCGGAACUUUAUUCCAUAGCCCAUCUCCCCCACCUGCUAAGCUGCUUCUCCGUCCCCAAAAGUGUUUUCCGAACCCUAUCUCGACUUUGACUCUCAAAAAGGAAAAAUUUCUCCACUCAAGACUUCAAACAUGGAAAAUUGCGAUGCCAACAACCUCUCUCUGGAUGCCGCCUUUGCCGAACCGAUUCUAGAACCUGUUGAAGCAGUUGAAGUCCCUUCGAAUCUCCCAGUCGACUGUAGUGCCCAAGUGGACGAUGGCGUUCCGUGUGAUUUCGUAACACAGUGUGCCACGGGCAGCAUUUCCCAGCCGGCUAUGACGACGGAAUGCUGCGGGGGCAAUCCGGCCCUUCCAAGGCAGCGAUCCCAGGGCAACGUGCCACAGCAAAACUGCUACAACUGCUCGUGUGGCCGCCCUGACUGCACUCCGGUUAAAAAAGUGGUAAGUGCUCAAUAGUUUGCCAAACUCGCA